AUGUGCCUGGGUAUGAUGAUAGCAUAUGGACUUCGAGUGAUGUUAUCGGUGGCAAUUGUUGCUAUGACUAAACCUGAAACUGCAAAUAAAGAUUUUAAGGCCUACAAGUGGAAUCCUUCCGAGCAGUCACUCGUCCUCAGCUCCUUCUUCUGGGGCUACAUAGUGACGCAGGUGCCGAGCGGCUAUCUCGCGACCAUCUGGAGUGCUCAGAAGCUCCUUUCCGCGGGUCUCCUGGUCUGCGGGUUCCUAAGCAUCGCUGUACCGCUGCUCGUGGACGUCGGCGGCUGGCAGAUUGUCUGCGCCUGUAGAGUCGGGAUGGGUCUGAGUCAGGGUUGCGUCUUACCCGGGAUUCAGACGCUGCUCGCGAGGUGGGUUCCGCCCUCGGAAAGAGCACGAUUAGGAACGUUCGCAUAUGCGGGUGGCCAAUUGGGCACGGUGCUGACCAUGCCAAUUUCCGGCCAAUUGGCAGCCUCGAGUCUUGGCUGGCCAAGUAUCUUCUAUUUCUUUGGAUUACUGGGGAUCGGCUGGGCUGCUCUUUUCUAUAGCCUCGGCUGCGACGAACCCGCCGUUCAUUCGAGGAUAAGCGAUGCCGAGAAAUACUAUAUCGACAAAAGCCUCGGCAACUUGGCUGGUGAUCAUCGAAAGCCUACUCCGUGGAGGCAUAUCUUCUCGUCAAUACCAAUGUGGGCAUUAAUUAUCGUACAUUGCGGACAAAAUUGGGGAUUUUGGAUGCUCUUGACAGAAAUUCCCACUUAUAUGAGCGAAAUUGUGGAAUUUAGUAUAAAGGAGAAUGGCAUGAUUUCGGCACUGCCUUACCUUGCGAUGUGGCUACUUAGUUUUCCAGUAAGUUGGUUAUCGGAUUACACGCUACAUCAUGGCGUCUCCCAUGGUGUUAUACGCAAAGCUUCUAACACCAUAGCACAUUGGGGCCCAGCUCUUGCUUUAAUAGCUCUUUGCUUUGUCAAUGUGGAACACAAGAGCGUACCGGUAAUUCUCCUGAUCGUUGCUGUUGGUCUUAAUGCUGGAUCACUCUGCGGCUUUCAGAUCAAUCAUAUUGAUCUGAGUCCAAAUUUUGCUGGCACGAUGAUGUCGAUCACGAAUUGUAUAGCGGCAAUAAUAGCGAUCAUUGCACCAAUUAUUUGUGGAUGGAUCGUUACGAAUCAGAAAGAUAUUAAUCAAUGGCAUAUAGUCUUCUACAUUUCAGCUUUAAUCUACUUUGUCGGUAACCUAAUUUUUAUAAUUUUUGGGAGCGGUGAAGUACAGUGGUGGAACGAUCCAUCAGCAAUGAAAAAUGAAUAUGGCAAAUGGUCUUAUAAAAUUUCGACGGUAUCGACAUUUCAUAAUCCAGCAUCUGUAAUUCCAAGAUAUUAUAAAUCGUGUGAAACGUCUUGA